AUGGUGGAAUAUAUUGGAACUCAAGUUAAUGUUCCGGGUACUAGAGGGAAAGGGAUUUUGCGAUAUCAUGGAUCAAUUCAUGGUAAAAAAGGUAUAUUUGCAGGUAUUGAAUUACUUGGACCAAUUGCUUUAACUAGAGGUAAAAAUAAUGGUGAUGUAGAAGGAUAUCAAUAUUUUAAUGUUCAACAAUCAAUGUCUGGAUUGUUCUUACCUUUUGAGAGGUUAAAGUCAGUAAAUCCACAAUUACAAUUUACUAAAGAUAUGAUUAAUGAUAUUGAUCACAAUGUGAUUUCACUUAAUAAUAACGUGUUUAAUGAUGGGGAGCUGACUGAUCAUAUGUUAUUUUCUCCUACACCAAGUUUUACUACGUUGAAUAGUGAACAAACCAAUAUUCCUCGACCUUAUUCAGCUGAUUUAACCAAAUCUCGUUUUAAUUCACCAAUUUUACAUUCCGCUUCUUCAUCUUCAACAUUAAAUGUUAUUAAACGUGAUGAAAGAUCAAGAACUUCAUCUAUAAGCUCAUUCAAUAAGAGUCCUGUAUUAAAUUCGGCUUUUAGAAGUUUUUCCAAUAAUGAUAGUAGACUUUAUAAGAGAUCAAGUGGUAAUAAUGUUUCAUAUUUAGAACAAGAAUUAUAUGAUCUUCGAACCAAAUAUGAAAAGAGUGAAAGGGAAAUGCUGGAGAAAAUGUCAAUUUUGAAUGAUUUAAGAGAAACCGUCCAAGACUUACAACCGAUUUUAAAACAAUAUGAAAAUGAAUUGAAUGAAAAGGAUAAGAAAAUUUCCAAAAUCAAAAAUGAAUUCGAAUCUGCUAGAGAGGAUUGGAGACAAAAUCUUGAUAUUAUGGUGAAUACUUAUGAAGCUAAUGAAAACUUUUAUGAAUCAAAGAUCAAAGAAUUACAAUUGAAGUUAAGUGAGAAUAACUCCAUUGAUAAUAGUAAAAUUAAUGACUUACAAGUUAAAUAUGAUGAAUUAGUUAAUGAAAAAAGUGAUUUAGAAUUGAAAUUCAACAGCAGAAUCAAAGAAUUACAAUCUGUUAAGGAUAAUGAUACUGAUGAAAUUGAAAUCGUCAAAUCCCUUAAUAAUAAAAUAUCUGAUCAACAGAAUGAAAUUGAAACUUUAUCUAAUCAAUUAGUGGAAAUAUCAAAAUUUCCUAAAGAUGAACCUAAAAUCUCAGAAAAUGAAUUCAAUGAAUUACAAUCAUUAGUAGAAAAGUUAAUCAAAGAGAAUGAUGAUUUGAAAAGAGAUUUAGAAAGAAGACAUUCUUUUGAGAAGCUUGAAGAUAAAAACACUGAAAUUAAUAAAUUACAUGAUGAUAUUCAACAUUUGAAUGAUAAAUUAAAUUCCAAGAGUAAAGAAAUUGAAACUCUUGAAGAUGAUUUGGAUAUGAAAGUUCAACAAAUUAAUGAAUUGAAUAGUAAAUUAGACAAUCAAAUUCCAACUAAAGAGAAGGAUUCGGAAGACGAAUCUGAUAAACUCAAAGAACUUCAAGAAGACAUGUUCUUCAAAGAUCAAGAAAUCAAAGCUUUACAACAACAACUUGAUAAAUUAAAUACCAAUUUAGCCACUCAGAAACAGACCAUCAAAGACUUACAAGCCAAAAAUACCCAAUCAGUUGAUUCAGUGAAUUCAGUUGAUUCGGCUGAUUCAGCUGAUUUUCCUGACCCAGAAGAACUUUCACGUCUCAAAACUCAAAAUGAACUCCUACAAGCCCAAUACAUUGAAAAAGAUAACAUAAUCAAAGAAUUGGAAAGAAAAUUACAAGAAUCCAUCAGUAAUGAACUUGAUACUUUAAACAUCAACGAUGCUGCAGCUAUCAAUGAAAUCACUUUCAUCAAAGAAAUCGAAAUCAUGAAAAAGGAAUUAGAUAGCAGACCUACCAUUGAAGAGUUAACUGAAUUACAAGAUAACAUCGAUGAAAUGGUUAGGUUACAUAAUAAUGAAAUCUUCUUCAAAGAUGAAGAAAUGCAAAAAGUUUUGAAAGAAAACUCCAAAUUACAAUUUAGAUUAGAUAAGAUCUUAGAAGGUUCUAUAACUAACCGAUUUAGUACUGCUAGUCAUGAAAGCAAUUCCAUCAAUAGUGAUUUACCAAUCUAUAAACCAGAAAUUGAUUUGGAUCCUAGUGAUGGUAAAGAUAAUUGGUGUGGAUUAUGUGAACGUGAUGGUCAUAGUAGUGUGAAUUGCCCUUACGAGAAUGAUAUCUUCUAA